AUGGCGUCGCUACAUCAGCUCCUUAUCUGGUCGCUAGCGCUAAUACAAGUCAAUGCUGAUAAUGAUUGUCAGCUUCUCGGCGGUGUCAUGUACGGUUAUCCAGUUAGCCAAGUUUGUGCUGGAGAAACGAAAAGCAGCAGGAGCGUGCUGAUAGAUAUGUAUGAGACUAAUGACGUCACAGCGUGUGAAUGCACGGUCACAACGUGUGGAUGCACGGCCACAGUGAACGCACCAACAGGGCCCACAGCUCUGACGGUGUCGAACUUUCAGAACCUAGGACCACUUGCAUUAUGUAGGUCGUCUGUUUUACUUGAAGCUGCUUCUGGUGGAAGUCUUUCCGGACAGUGUGAAGCGGUGUUUGGAAGUAUCCCAGUAGAAAAUGGUGACGUCAUCACGAUUACGCUGAACAAGCAGGCCCAGAGUGAUUCUAGAUACUGCUUGUCACUGACACUAGAACUGGUCAUACCUCUACAUAUCACAGAACUGGUCAUAUCUCUACAUAUUACAGAACUGGUCAUACCUCUACAUAUCACAGAACUGGUCAUACCUCUACAUAUCACAGAACUGGUGAUUUCAUAUCACUCUCUACAAAAUGUACCUCAUGGCACUGCCCCACUAAACUCGUCAACUUACGAGGCUGACAUUAAUUGCACCACAACAACUCCAAAACCAACUACAACCACCACCACAACAACUCCGAAACCAACCACCACCACCACCAUAACAACUCCAAAACCAGCCACAACCACCACCACAACAACUCCAAAACCAGCCACAACCACCACCACAACAACUCAAAAACCAACUACAACCACCACCACAACAACUCCAAAACCAGCCACAACCACCACAACAACAACAACAACUCCAAAACCAACUACAACUCCAAAACAAACGCUUCGGCCUCUGACUACUAAAGCCCCUCCAUCUCCGGUGACCACCACUACCACUACCACACCCAUCACAACCACAUUUACCACUACCACAACCACUACGACACCAAGCCCGACCCCAAUCACUCCAACACCAACCAGUCCCACUCCACCGCCGUAUUCCUCGGAGGGCACUUCAGCCACGACCUCCAGUAGUGAAGAUAAUGACGUCUUUGAGCAGAGCCAACACAAUAUGACAAUAAUAAUUCCGGUGGUGACAGGGUUUUUCCUGUUGAUCGUUCUGCUGAUAGUGUUAAGGUCCUGCUGUACAAGAAACAGGAAACGGGUAGAGAAAUCACCAUUGAGCCCCGACCCUAGGUAUUACGCCGGAGGGUAUAACGGGGCCAAGAACCCUGUUCACUCCGGAUACGACCAAAGAUAUGUGAAACACAACAGCGGUAUGAAGGAGAACGUAUUAUAUGAUAACUCAGACUCGUUUCCGACUGACCCCACUCCUGUCCUGGUCAGAAGUGACCCAGAAAUAAUAACAAGUUUUGCUUCAGUAGAGAGACUGUACUCGGAGGGGACAGCGCCACCUGAGCCGGAACCUACAUUACAAGAUACCACAUUUGUCGUUAUGAACGAACCGGAAGUUUCCGAUACAAACGAGUCCGAUGGGGACAACAAUGUGGACAAUAAUGCGGCAGUGAUGACGGAACAAGACCCCAACACAGGACUUGGUAAUGUGUCAGUCUAUAGCGACAGUACUGUCGACAGCUUCCAUAGCUCCCAAGGAGAAGCGGAUGUAGAUGAAAACAUCAAUAUUGAUCCGGAAACACCGCUGUAUUCAGUUGUGAACAAAAGACCUUCUGGGAAGCACGUGGCCCAUCUGCAAAUAUGAUUAACUAUCUCUCCAACUAGCGCGU